AUGCAAAAACUCGAUGGUUUUCAAACGACCGAUUCAUUUCGGUUUGAUCGUAACACAUCAUCAUCGUCAAUAUCAUUAUCAUCUUCAUCGGGAUACGGUUCACGGUUAAGUUUAUCUCAAGCUGAUCAAUCCGGUUCAGCAAAUCGUCGUAUUAGUAUUAGUAAAUAUUUCAAAGAGAAACUUGCUCGACACAAAAGUUUAGCAUCACUUUUUCCAUCGCCAAUGCGAACUGAAACAUCGAAUCCAAGCACUGAUAUCUAUGACAAUGUAUGGAAUUUGGAGAAACAAAUCGAAAAACUUCGUGUAACUGUAAAUAAACAACUAUCGUCAGAUUCUCAUUCGAUCGUAUCGAUGUCUGUCGAUGAUACAUCAAAACCGAUACUUCAUCAUAUCGGUGAUCAUGAUCUAUUAUCAGUUGCUGCUUGGUAUCAAGAAGGUUUGCCUGCUGAGAUAUGUGAAGAAUAUUUGAAUCAAAAUGAUCAACCAAUAGGGUCAUUCAUCAUUCGAUGUAAUUACGUUCACCCUCAAUAUCCAUUCAUUCUAUCAAUUAAAAGCAAAAACACAUCAAUAGAACAUUUUCCGAUUAAAAAAACAAUGAACAAUGCUGGUUAUCGAAUAGAAAAUUCGUCGAAGAUAUUCAUUAAUUUGAGUACACUUGUUAUUCAUCAUACAGUCAUACGAGAAGGUCUACCUGUUCCACUUGUGUUACCAGCUGUGCAUACAACUAUGAAUGGUUUGCAACAGUCUUCGUUAAGGAUCAUUCGUUCUAUAUUUUGCACGGUUGGACUAGCACUCUACUGGAAAACAAUGAUGCUAAGACGAAUCUCAUACGUCUUGGUGUUGUUACUUUUAUUGAAUAUUUUUACCCAUGUUCAAAAUUUAUCUACUACCGAUCUUCAAGAUUCUUCAAUAACAACAUUGGAAACUCCUGAAGAUUAUGUUGACGAAACGGAAACUACUGAUUCUAGCGCAACAAACGUUAUUGAUCCAGGAAAUGGGCCAUUACCAAACGUACCUGAACCUGUUAUUCCUGAAGAGUACGAGACUGAAACAGAAGGAACUGAUACAUCUACUCAAGAAGAUCAAAUUCAACGUGAUUACCCUCAUCUAGAUACACCUGAUUUACCUUUCAUCGAACCAUCGAAACCAAGCAUAGAUCACGUAAAUGUAACCAUCAAUGAAUUCUUACAACAUCUCGUUCCCGAACUAGCUGAGUUUAUUCGUCAACGUACUACCAGUGCUGAGUCCGAAGAAACAUCAUCUGUUUCAAAAGAUGAUAUCACCAACGAACUUUUGAGUAAAAUUGAUCGAAGUGAUUUGCAAUUUGACGGUAAAACAUCCGAAGAUAUUCAUGCUACUACGAAACUCUUCCUGACCAAUUUACCUGUCAUUGUCAAUACUGUUGUCUCGAAUAUUAAAACAGACGGUAACGAUGAUUGUUCCGCUCAAUUUACAUUUUUACGCAACACGUAUUGUGUGAAAUUCGAUCUUGAUAUUGCACCUCUAACCAAAUCUUUGAAUGUCCAUCCAACAGAAGAAUACCACACAGCGUCUACAAAUGUCUCUAUCGAAUCAUUUAAAGUAUCGAAUGCAAAUGAAGUUGAUAAACCACCAGCACUCUGGCAACAAUGGCUAAACACACCUCCAUUAGCAGAUCAAACGCCACAACUCUCCGAUGAUGCAUCUCAAACUGUUGUCUGUUAUUAUACCAAUUGGGCACAGUAUCGGAACGGUCCUGGACGAUUCUAUCCAGAGAAUAUCGAUCCUAACCUGUGCACCCAUAUUGUCUACGCUUUUGCUAAGUUACAAAAUGGUGUUAUAGCAGCAUAUGAAUGGAAUGAUGAAAGCACUCAAUGGUCAACGGGCAUGUACGCUCGAAUGAUGAAUUUACGAAAGGCAUCCAAGCCAAAGAUCUUACUUGCACUUGGUGGUUGGAAUCACGGUAGUGGAAAGUUUUCGGAUAUGGUUCAUAAUGAUACACUACGAGAAACAUUCGUUACUACCACAAUUAUCUUCUUACAAAAAAAUCGAUUCGAUGGAUUGGAUCUUGAUUGGGAAUAUCCGGGUUCACGCGAAGGUUCACGGCCGAGUGAUAAAGAUAAUUUUACAAAAUUAGUUACCGAAUUAAAGAAAGCAUUUCGACCGUUGGGUUUAUUGUUAACAGCUGCUGUUGGCGCUGGCAAACCAACUAUCGAUGCAGCCUACGAUAUCCCUAAAGUUUGCGAACAACUUGAUAUGGUCAAUUUAAUGUCAUAUGAUUUACAUGGCUCGUGGGAAUCUCAAACUGGUAUUAACGCACCUUUAUAUAGUCGACCGAACGAUACGAAAUUAAACAAACAGUUGACCGCCGACUGGGCAGUUCAUUAUUGGCUUGACAGUGGUUGUCCAAAAUCUAAGCUUAUCAUGGGUUUAGCAUUGUAUGGACGAACAUUUCGAUUAGCAUCUCCAAGUAAUAAUAAAAUUGGUGCGCCUGCAGUCGGACCAGGUGCUGCUGGUUUGUACACAGGCGAAGCGGGAUUUUUAGCUUAUUACGAAAUCUGUACACGUAUAAAACAACAGGGUUGGACAAAAGUGUACGAUCCAGAACAAGCAUCGAAUUAUGCAUACAAAGGUGGUGAAUGGGUUGGAUUUGAUGAUGCUUAUUCGCUCAGUCUAAAAGUUAAAUACGCUAAAGAUAUGGGAUUAGCUGGUAUCAUGUUUUGGGCUCCGGAUCUCGAUGAUUUUACUGGUGGCUUGUGUUCGGAAGGAAAAUAUCCUUUAAUGAAUGCUGCGGUCAAUCUUCUUCGUGGUAAUACAGAAUUGAUCACAUCAACUAAACCACCAGUUACAGUACCAGCAACAACAACAGCACCAGCCAUAACCACAACUGAAAGUCCUACAGAUUCCAAACGUAGACGUAUCGUUUGUUAUUAUACAAAUUGGGCACAAUAUCGUCCAGGAGGUGGUAAAUUCGAACCUGAAAAUCUUGAUCCGUCAUUAUGUACACAUAUCAUAUACGCAUUUGCUGUAAUCAAGGAUUCUAAACUUGCUUCAUUCGAAUGGAACGAUGAAGAUAAUGACUGGAGCAAGGGCAUGUUCAGCCGUAUAUUAGCAUUGAAGAAAACUUCUGCUGUGAAAAUAUUACUUGCUGUUGGUGGAUGGAAUUUUGGCUCGGCCGGAUUUUCCGAUUUAGUCCGAGAUGAUAGUUUACGAAAAGCAUUUGUUCAACAAGCAACCGAGUUCAUUCUCAGUCAUGGUUUUGAUGGUUUCGAUCUCGACUGGGAAUAUCCUAGCAGUCGAGAUGGUAGUCGACCCGAAGAUAAAGACCAUUUUACAACUCUUGUCAAGGAAUUAAAAGCUGCUUUUGAACCCCAUAAUUUAUUAUUGACAGCCGCUGUUGCUGCCGGUGCUUCAGAAAUCGAAAAAGGAUACGAUAUCGAAGAAAUUGCUUCGUACCUUGAUUUUAUCAAUUUGAUGACCUAUGAUCUUCAUGGUGGUAGUUGGGAGAAUUCUACUGGACUUCACACUGCUUUGUAUGCACGUCCCGAAGAAAAAGGCAGUCAGAUAACACUUAAUCAAAAUUGGGCAGUAAACCAAUGGAUUGCACGCGGAAUGCCAAAAGAUAAAAUCUGCAUGGGUUUAGCAUUCUACGGCAGAACAUUUAAAUUAGUCAAUAGCUCGGAUACAGGUAUCGGUGCACCAUCGUUUGGUCCAGGUGAACCUGGCACAUAUACAAGAGAAUCGGGAUUUCUUUCAUAUUAUGAAAUUUGCGAAAAAUUAAAAGAUAAUAAGUGGACAAGUAAAUAUGACAAAGUACAAAAGUCCAUGUAUGCUUACGGUGACGGCGAUUGGGUGGGAUAUGAUAAUAUCGAUACACUCACGAUUCGUGCCAAUUAUAUUAUCGGGAAAGAUCUUGGUGGUGUUAUGCUUUGGGCACCGGAUCUUGAUGAUUUCUCUGGACAUUUCUGUGGUCGUGGUCGAUAUCCAUUACUCAAUACUGUUGUUAACAUUAUUCGAACGAAUACAAUUGUGCCAUUAGUUGAACCCACUGAUCCUACAGAUACAACAACAACUGUUCCAAUCAUCAUUACAACGCCUUCUAACACAUCAGCAACAACUUCACCAUCUACUACUAUUACACAAACCCUACCAGGACCUACCACUAUUGCCCCAACUCCAUCGUUUCCUGCUACUACUAAGCCAACCUCACCAUCAUCUGUUGUCACAAGUCCAUCCGUUGUCUGUAUGACUACAAUUAAUCCAUUCGUAUUUAACAGUCUUGAUGUCAAUUUAUGUUCACAUUUAAUUCUGAUUCGAGAAGAAACUUUUGCAACUAAUUCCGAUAUUUUUCAAACACCUCUCUCAACAGAUACCAUUAACCGAUUGACGAAAAUGAGAAAUACGAAUCCCAAACUAAAAAUUCUCUAUUGUAUUCUUGGUCAAUGGAAAGUCAAACACUUAAGUUUAAUCCGUGAUACAAAACAACGAGCCUUAUUCAAUAACCAAAUCCAACAAUACUUAAUUGAUAACCAUCUCGACGGACUCGAUAUCGAUUGGAAUCUACGAGCACAGGAUGUAGCUAGUUUAGACGAUAAAGAUCAUUUAUCAACAUGGCUCUCAGAAUUAAAAGCAACCUUUACCUCUGGUCAAUUCUUAUUAUCGAUUGGUAUUAGUGGAGAUAAAGUUGUACUCGAUAAUAGCUAUGAUUUUGAUACAUUAUCAAGUGUAGUUAACUUUAUUCGAUUAAUGGCUUUCGACUGGCCAUCAAAGAAUGUUACUUCACUGAUCAAUCCACUCUUUGCACCAAACAAACAAGAUGACAAUCAAUCGGAUAACAUUAAUUCGGCAAUUGACUAUCUAGUGGAACUUGGCGUUGCACCUGAAAUCGUAUCUCUAGGUUUACCAACAUACGGACGUUUAUUUGGAUUAGUAGAUGGGGAACAGAAUAAGAUUGGAUCACAAACUGUUGGCACAUCAAUGACAGUUGCAUAUUCCGAUAUAUGUAAAUUGAUACAAAAUACUGAUUAUAUCAAAGUUUACUAUCAACCAAGUCGUUCAACGUAUAUAAUCAAUAUAAAACGAAAACAAUGGAUCAGUUCGGAUACAAUUACCGAUGUUGCAUUGAAAGCUCGUUUCGCCAAACUUCAAGGUUUGGGUGGUGUGACAUUAUCAUCUGUAGGAAUGGACGAUGUCAAUGGCCAAUGCGGCAACGGUCGUUAUCCACUAUUGCACGCUGUUGCUGAUGUAUUUGGUUUGAAAUCUGACAGACGUAUUGAUGGAAUAGACACUAAUCCAUCACAGCAGCGUUCCGACCAUAACAGCAAUGUCUUCUGUUCUAUUAGUUCGCAAGUAGAAACAUAUUCUGGUCGGAUACAGUUUACACUCGAUAAAAUUAAUACACGACUCUGUACACAUCUUUUAAUUAAUCAUACGAGUUCAUUGAUCACUGAUUCAGUAUCGAAGAAUUUGAAAAAUACCAAUGCUGAUUUGAAGAUUCUUCUAACAGUAAGUUCAAAUAGCGAUAUCAAUGUGGAACAGUGGAAAGAUUUGCUUACAAAUAAAAAUGCUGAUGGUAUUAAUAUUAACAUCGAUAAUCAAACAGAUUCGCAGACACUCGUCAAGCAAAUCAAGACCAUUCGACCAUCGUUACCGAACAAUUACUUAUUAACCAUAUCAUUUCAAGCUCCGACAGACUCAGCAAAUCAAGUUUCAUUUUUCAACAUUCUCGCUUUGCAUCCAUACGUUGAUUAUCUUUUUCUUCUUCCAUUCGAUGAAAAAUCGAUUUCAAAUUUCACUGAAAUCCAAUCAUGGAACAGUCUUGCUAUGUUUACUCCAGUCAAUAUCGAGAAACGAAUUGGCGACUUUUCCAUCCUUUCCAUGUUACUCUUCAGUUUCUCAACGGGAGUUCCAAAAGAGAAAUUAGUUAUGAGCAUCCCGACAUAUGGCUUAACAUUCGUACUGCAAGACGAAAACAAGUAUCAAGUUGGAGAUAAAAUCCUCGCGCAAGGUUUUCCAGGACGACUUACACAUACCAUUGGAAUGCUUUCGUCUUAUGAAAUUUGUCAACGAAUUGAAUCGGACGGUUACGAACGAUUUUUAAGUAACGAAGGAAUUACAGUUUUGGCACAUCGAGGAAAGAAUUUAAUCAUGUUUGAUGAUACUCAUCCAUUACAAAUAUCAGAUAAACAGGUCGUAAAUGGCACAGUGGAAUUGAAAGCAAAUUUCCUUAAAAAAUCGCAAUUAGCUGGUGUUCUCGUUCAUUCGAUCGAUUUAGAUGAUUUUACUGGCCUUUCGUGUCAACGUGGUCCAUUUCCGAUAACUUCCAUUAUUUCUCGAAUCUUUUUACAAUCACCCUCAUCAUCUUCUCGAUCUAUUCAGCCAAUUCACACUAGUACAGCAACACCGAUUUCUUCGAUAUUGAAGUCUAACGUAUGCUCAAAUGUCACAAGUCCAGAUGUAGUAGCCGAUGAAGAUGAUUGUCAUUUCUAUUAUGUAUGUUUACCAACUCAAACUGAGCCUGCUGGUCGAUUUCAAUGCGCAAAGAACAAGUAUUUCUCACGUGAACAGAAAGCUUGUGCAGAAGAACGUUCGUCUUGCUCUUCCGAAUCAAAGUUCAAGCCAACUGAAGCAACAACUUCAACAUCGAAACCUGAUUUUGUUUGUCCAACAACAAACGGCGUUUUCCCGAAUCCAACUGAUUGUAAACGAUAUUUCAUAUGUUCAAAUAACUAUCCUAUUCCAUUCAAAUGUCCAUUGACAACGAAAUUCAAUUCGCGAAUAAAUCGAUGUGAUUGGUCGUCGGACUUGUGUCCUUAA